CCUCACAUCGUCCUUGCACUUGAAUGCUCCCCCGCUCAAUCAACGACUGCAGCUAAUACUGCGCCUCAACAGCACGACAACAUUGCCCACGCCGUGCACAAGCUGGCAGCAAAGCCUAUCAACAUGGCAGAACUUCCGGCGCAGACGAUCAAUCGUGAUCCGCAGCUCUUCUACUGGAUUCUCCUGCCCAUUACGGUGGUCAUGAUCCUGACCGGCAUCCUGCGGCACUACGUCACGGUGAUGCUGGCCUCGGCCCCAAAGAAACCUGACGUCAAGACGAUGAAAGAGCAACGGGCGCUGCUGCACGGCAUCGCUGCGCGGUCCAACUUCCACGCGCUCUCAGCACCCUCGUUCCGCGCUCGCCGCGACUACCUCACCACCGCCUACGAAAACGGUGCCUUCCUCAAGAACCCGGACCAGGCCGGCCAGCCGCCUCCCAACCCCAUGUCGGACCCUAACGCGAUGGAGGGCAUGAUGGGCCCUAUGAAGAACCAAAUGGCCAUGAUGAUUCCCAACACGCUCAUCAUGAGCUGGAUCAAUGCCUUUUUCAGCGGCUUUGUAGUCCUUAAGCUGCCCUUCCCCUUGACCGUCAAGUUCAAGAGCAUGCUCCAGGCCGGUGUUGCGACCAAGGAGAUGGACCCGCGGUGGAUGAGCAGUAUCAGCUGGUACUUUCUGUGCUACUUUGGUCUGCAGAGUGUAUUCAACUUUCUUCUCGGAAGUGAGGCUGCCGCUAGCCAGAUGGCCCAGCAAAUGCAGAUGCAGGGAGGGGGUGUGAACCCUGCCAUGUUUGGUCCGGGCAAUGACCCCGACAAGCAGUUCAAGGGCGAGGCCGAGAACUUGGCUGUGAUCGCCCACUACUCCGUCCUCGACGACGUUGAGGAUCGCCUGCUCGCAGGCAUUUAGUCAAGUCUGAAUGUAGCAGCACAAGCCAAGUAUAUGAGUGCU